UUCACCGAGUUGUAAAAAACUUUAUGAUUCAGGGAGGCGACUUCACCGAAGGAAAUGGAAGAGGAGGCGAGUCCAUAUAUGGCGGCUACUUUGAAGGUAAUUGGGUUAUCAAGCCAUCUAAUAAGCAGUCUACACUGAUGCAUAAAUUGUCUCUCCAAGCACUAAAAUACUUUGCAUGACCAUUAUGUUGCAUGUGCCUAUUGUUGUUAAUGUGGGUUUCUUGUGAUUUUUUUUUUCCUAUGUAUGACUCAGUUGACCUUCCAUUGUAUAGUGCUGUCUUCUAUUCAGUAACAGUAGUGGGCUUUAUCAAAUCAGCAUGGAGGGUAGGAAUUCUCUUUACUGAAAGCUACAAUCUUCCUGCCUAAAAUUUUCAACAUAUUCUUUUAUUUAUAGAGUGGUCUUUUGCAAAAUGAGAAGGUAAGAGAUGUACACAGCUCAGUAACACCAUGUCAACAUCGUCCCCACCACCUUCCUCCGUCAGUUAAAGCAGUGCAACGGUGCAGAUGCACGUUUGUGCUGAAGGGUUUUUCCAUUCACGCAGCUACCCUGUUAGUCCCCUUUGGCUGCUCAAAUAACUUUUUGUGUUCGAUAUGUGGUAUUUAUAGCUGCAGUAUCAUAAACAUGACCACAUGACACUAGCAUGAAGUGCAGUCAGAUAUGGACUGGUGGUGUUGUUCAUCAGUAGGACUAUAUCAUGUACCACAGUGGAAAUUAUAUAUUUAGACUUGCAACAUGGAUGUAGAAUAUGUAGAUCUAGUGAAACAAAGAUGUGGGCAUUGGAAAGCAUAGCUUUAAUACAUGCAAAUAGCAUGUUGAUGCUAUUCCAUUGUUUUACUGAAAUCUUUAGGCACUUUUAUACUGUGUAUGGUCUAUUGACUGCUAAGAUAUGCUCAGGUAUUUGUUUUUCAGUCUGAAGAUCAUCCUUGUGUUUUUACAUACUUUAUUCUGCUAAAAUUCUUACACUCAACAUCUUUGUGGACCUUUUUUUCCAAAGCAUUCUAGACAUUUCUAGAUGAAUGUCCUAUCGACUUUCAAUCAUUUUGGCAUGCUUUAAAAUUCUGCUGCUGAGUCUUGAAACUUGCUUUAGAUAGCUAUCCUAAUCACGGUUUUACCACCCACAAUUCUUUUCAAAGUCAUGUCACUGUAAGCAGGGACCGUUCUGAUAAUCGGUCGUCCUCCAACUUUCAAACACUUUAGGGCACAAAAGUUACAAAUCUGUCCCUGGUGAUGAACUCAAGAACAACGUGUGUUUUGUCAUAUUUAGAUAUGACUGACAUGUUCCCUCAUUGAACAGCAUCACCCGCUUUCUUCCCUGUUCUAUCUAAAGAAGUCUUGCAGACUUGAUUCUUGAUCGCCUUACAAUCAAGAGCUAAUCUAUUUGGUUACUGUUCCUUUUAUAAACCAGAUUUAGUGUGCUUCUGGAGCCCUGAAAUGAACCUACUGGAUGAUUCCUGCUCAUUUUCCUUCUCAAAAUUAUAACUUUGACUAGAAAGGGAUGAUUAAAUGCUCCUUUUGAUAGAUUACGUAUUGCAGUCAGGCUAUUUGAUGUGUAAGCAAGUGGAUCCCUGUGCAUUCAUAAAAAGGCCAUAAAUCAGUAUGGUAUUCUUUGAAAAAUGAUCUGAAAAUGUAAGUGUGUUGUAGUCGUUAGCUUUAAACAUACUGACCCAUUGGUUUGGUGCUUAAGAAAAGGAAUAGAGUAAAACUUGAUAACAAAAACCUUCACAAACUGCUGACUUAAUGGAAGGGUAGGUUGGUGGGACAGAGAAAAGGUUUAAUGGAUGAUUAAGCAGAAUCUUUUUUCCCCCCUUGAAUAUUUCCAUUUACACUCAUAGGAGGACACACUCUUAGACUUUGAUCCCUCUUUCUCUGCUUCCGACAGAUGAGAACUUCACUCUCAAACAUGACAGAGCCUUCCUAUUGUCGAUGGCCAAUCGUGGGAAAGACACAAACGGUUCACAGUUUUUCAUGUGAGUAACUUUCCGUAAAGCAAUUCUUUUUUGCAACUUGCAUAACCAUACUAUUUAACUGUCAUUCCUAAUACAGUUUUGUUUGAGUUUUUGCUUUCUGUCCCUUUUUCUGUUUUGAAAAUGUAGAGUAGAAUCUGUCAUUGACCAUCACCAGUCCCCUCUCUGUGUGCAGUUAGAUUUCAAAAUGCAGAGAAACAUUGGAUUCAUUCUUUUUUACCUACAAAUGUGUUACAUUUUUUCUCUUGCCGUUUUUGUGUAAAAUUUACAGAAACUCUAGCAUCCUGCUCUUCCAAGCACAACUAAGAUGGCGCCUCAUCUUGAUGGAGUCCACGUUGUCUUUGGUCUAGUCAUCUCCGGCUUUGAAGUGAUAAAGAAGAUUGAGGGACUGAAGACUGAUUCAGCUAGCAGACCCUACGCUGAUGUGAGAGUGAUGGACUGUGGACAGCUGAUCACAAAGUCCGCAAAUGAUGUGCUUGAAGGCAAAAGGAAAAGAGCCUCCCAUUCUGCUGACUCGUCCCUCAAUUCCCAUGACUCGUCGUCUCAGUUGUCCUCUUCAAUGGAGUCUGAAAGUGAAUCAGAUGAAAAGCACAAACAUCACAAGCACAAGAGACAUGCAAAAAGUAAACGGUCUAAAAAGAAAAGAAGGGAAUCAAAGAAGGAGAAGAACGUAGAUGUUUUGCCUUCAAAGCAAAGUCCUGUGGAGAGAGAGAUGCUGGAGGGAGAGAAUGAAAUAGAAGAAGAGAAGGAGCAGGGUGGCAAGAGAGAGAAGCCCGUUGUUCGGCCAGAGGAAAUCCCACCAGUGCCAGAGAAUCGCUUCCUGCUGCGACGGGACAUGCCAACUCAGGAAGAUAAAACAGAAAUAAUUGAGAAGGAAGAAGUAACCGUUUCAGCUGACCAGAAACCAGCAGUGUCAAAGUCCGGACGGAAGAUAAAAGGCAGAGGAACGAUUAGAUAUCACACUCCCACAAGGUCUAAAUCACGCUCUGCAUCUGUGGAGGAGCGUGGAAGCAGUGAAACUCCGCCACACUGGAAGGAAGAAAUGAAGAGAACUCACAUUUAUCAACCCCCCAGCAUGGAGAAGUGGAGCAAAGGAGACAAAUUGAAUGACCAUUCCUCAAGCAGAUGGGACAACAGAAGUGACUCUGCAUGGUCCCGGUCUGCUGAACACUCAUCAGACCGCAGCUCUGAGAGAUCCAGCCAGCAUCGGCAACAGAAAAAAGACAAGAAGAAAGCCAAACACAAGAAGAAAUCCAAACACAAAAAGAAGGCCAAGAAGAAGAGCUCUAAGAGCAAACAUCCAGAAUCUUACCUUACAGAUGGUGAAAGGUCAGUGUCUUCAGGAAUUAAGUCUAGAAGGUCCCGUUCUCCAACUCGCUCUUCUUCGAGUCUGCAUCAUUCAUCAGCCAGGAGGAGACGGCGGUCCUCCCCGUCUUUUAGAGACUCACGAUCCUACUCUAGGUCCUACACAUCCAGUCAGUCCAGAUCUCGAGGGAGGUCCAGGUCCUACUCGAGAUCCAGAAGCCUCUCUCGGUCUAGAAGUCGAUCUUUUUCUAGAUCUAGAUCUCACUCUUAUUCUCAAUCCCGGUCAAGAUCCAGGUCAAGGUCAAGGUCCAGGUACAGAUCAAGAUCAAGAUCUUUGUCACCAUCCAGGAAAAGGAGUUUAUCUAGAUCUCCAAAGAAGAGAAAAACGAGCAAGCCUAAAUCAGACGUCAUGAGCCAUGUGCCUGAGAAGCUUCCAGAGAGCAAAGUUACACCUGUCCCCAGACUGCCAACUGUCCCAGCUCCUGAAAGUGUCCCUGUCAUCCCUCUGAGCGACAGUCCUCCUCCCUCGCGCUGGAAGCCAGGACAGAAACCCUGGAAGCCCUCCUACAUCCAUAUUCAGGAAAUUAAAGCUAAAGUAGCUCCCAGUAUCAUUUCCUCCACUGGACCAGCAGUUGAUGGUGUUACAGAAAAAGCUCAGACUUCAGGUACACCAAAGGCUCUGCCAGCUGAUUCUGAAAGCAGCAAAGCACACAAAGCUGCACUGUGCUCACGGAGCAGGUCCAGAAGCAGGUCCUACAGCCGUUCAUACAGUCGUUCAAGGAGUAGAAGUUACAGCAGGUCCAGGUCCCGGUCUGCUCAUCGGUACAAGAGCAGGUCAUCCUCCUACAGCAGAUCAGACUCUGAAAACUCUCAGAAAACAAGUAGCAACAAGAAGAAUUCAUUAGACAAGGAAUGGAAAGCGUACUACAGUUCUCUGAAGAGGAUAAAAAAUUUAGAUAAGUACAUUUCACUCGCCUGCAGUGAAGACAUUUGCUCAGCAACGGAGAACAGGACAGGCAGUGAGCGUAGUCCUGAUAUCAGUGUCUCAAGGAGAAGUGAUUCUAUGGAGAAAGCAAAAGAGAAAGGCAGCUCAUGGGAUCCUGAGACAAAACAGUGUAGUUCAGUGCCAGCCGAGAGCUUUAACAGCAGGUCCGAAUGGGAUAGUGACAGUGAUAAAGUGAGCCAAAGCAACAGUGCUGUUCCGUUAAAAAAGCAGAAACAAGCUGCUCAGUCCACUGGAAGUCUUGACAAGAAGGUGUCCGCUGGUACUGGAUGGAAUUCAGAAAGUGAUUCUGAAAAUAUAACGGGCAAAACAUUAGCCAUAUCUGAAAAAGAAGAAGGGGAGGCCAGUUCAGAAUCGGAUUACGAGACUUCCAGAAAGGCAUCAGAGGCAGCAAAUGUUCCAGCAGUCACUAGUCAGUCAGAGGAAAGACCUGAGAAGCCCGCAGAGCCAGAGAAACACAAGAGUAAGAAGAAGGCCAAACGUAAGCAUAAACGCAAGAGGAGAGGUGAGAAUAAAACCAGUUCUCGUCACAGUAAGGAUAAAGGCAAGAAAUCGAAGAGAAAACAUCAGAAGCUGAAGGAGACUUUUCACUGGCAGCCACCUUUAGAGUUUGGAGAGGAGGAGGAAGAAGAUGAAUCCAAAAGAGAGAGACACAGCCCUAAUAGAGUUGUUAAAGGACAUCUUGGUGUAGAUAGCAGGAAUGAAAGUGACCAAGAUUUAGCCUGUUUACACAGGAAUCCUGCUAAAGAAGUAGAAAGGAGACACCAGAGGGCAAGAGAUUACAUCAACAAAAAUGCAAAACACACUGUAUCUAAUCAAGAGUCAUCCAACAGGAACAGCAGUUCUCACUUGUCGAGUAUCAAAGAGCAAGAGUCAUUGGAUGACAUGGAUAUUUGUACCCCGGAGCAUGACGCUGAAAUUGUUGGACCUCAAGACACACAUGAUUCUGAUUUAAACCUAAAAUCUACCUCAAAGGCUUCAGAUAUGGCACGUAAUGAUAGCGCUCUAUCUCAAAGCACGGAACAGUCUGCUGUUACUUCCACAACAACAGCUGGUAGACUGCAAGAUGAAGCAACCGCUGGCAAACCUACUGCCGCCGUAAUUAACUUGAAAUGGAGGCCAUUGAAAGGAAUGUCAGCUCUACAGAAUGUGAGCUUGCCACCUGUCACCAUAAAAAACAUCCAAAGUCAAGAGAGCCAGAACCUCAACGCACAAGGAGUGAGAAUGGAGAUAAAAAGUAAGAGCCGGGUCCGACCGGGGUCUCUGUUCGAUGAGGUUCGCAAGACUGCGCGGCUCAACCAGAGGCCAAGAAACCAGGAGAGCUCAAGCGAGGAGAGGUCCCCCUCCGCGGGAAAGACCAGGGGAGCAUCACGCACACGGUCCACAAAGAAGUCCAGGUCUGUCUCCAGAAAGUCUCGCUCGGUUUCCAGUCACCGGUCACGCUCCAGAGGCUGGUCGCACUCCUACAGCAGGUCCAGAAGUAGAUCCCGCAGCUCCAGCUACUCCUCCAGGAGCCGCAGCAGGAGUCACAGGAGAAGGGGGAGAGGACGAUCUCGCUCUCGCAGCAGCACAUAUCGAAGUUACAGGAGUCACAGUCGGACGUACAGCAGAAGUCAUUCCAGAAGUCACUCGUAUAAUCGGCGAAGGAGGUCCAGGUCAGACUCCUACGACAGCUACUCCAGUCGGAGUCGGAGUGUGAGCAGGAGACGAGGGCGCAGACGAAGUGACAGCUACAGGAGCUCAGAUCGCCGAUCCCGGUCGUACCGCUCCUCCAGUCGCAGUUCUUCCAGGCGCAGGAGCCACAGUCGCAGCAGUCGGUACAGUUAAACUGCACCUCAGGUAGCUCGUUGGGUUCACCUCUGGGGGACAAAGAAACCGAACGACAAAGUCUGAUCACUGUGCUCACACAAUAACAAAUACUUCUGUAGUCCCAGAUCAGCAGCUGAGGCUCUACCAGGAACAGUUACAGUCCGUCUUGUCGCUAGCUUAAUACUGUAUUGGAUGUCGUUAGUUACGUAAGCUGACAUAAGGAAAUGAAUGUAGAGAAACCACUUUACAGGCUUACACAAAGACAGACCUCCUUCUCGUCACAGCUGAGAACAACCGGGUUAACAUAUCAAUACAGCCACUCAGACAGACGUUUCAUAUGUGGAAUAUGUCACGAAUAAUAAGCUGUAAAUUAUUUAGAUUAUUGUAUAUUUGUGUAUUCUUUUUUAUACUUUUGUCUUUUAUACACUGAAAUGUAAAACUGUAAUAGUGUAAAUGUCUAAACCUCUCAGCUAUGACGUGUUUGAGGAGUUUAUGUUUAAGUUGACGACAUGCCUUAAGUUUCAAAUAGAAGUCCUCAUUUGUGUCUGUAACGGUUUGUUCUCUGUUACUGCUUUUUUUUUUUUUUUUACUGUACUAUGAAUGUUAAAACUUUACUCAAAGCAUCUUUGAUUUAGAUUUCAUUCAAACAGUUAUGAAUGUUUACACCUAAUAAAUACGGCACCUAUCAAGAUUGA